AUGGUGAGAUUAACUGUAGAUUUGAUUUGGAAAAGCCCUCACUUUUUCAAUGCCAUUCGCGAGCGUGAACUGGAUCUUCGAGGGAACAAAAUUGCUGUUAUAGAGAACGUCGGUGCUACUGAGGACCAGUUUGAUUCCAUUGAUUUAUCCGAUAAUGAGAUUGUUAAGCUUGAAAACUUUCCAUUCUUAAAUCGCCUAGGAACUUUGUUGCUGAACAACAACAGAAUUACUCGCAUCAAUCCCAAUCUCGGAGAGUUUUUGCCAAAACUGCACACUCUGGUACUCACUAACAAUAGGCUAACUAACCUGGUUGAAAUUGAUCCUCUUGCAUCUCUACCGAAGCUGCAGUUCCUUAGUCUGCUCGACAACAGCAUUACUAAAAAACCGAAUUACCGAUUAUAUGUCAUCCAUAGGUUGAAGUCUCUUCGUGUUCUAGAUUUCAGGAAAGUCAAACAAAAGGAGCGAUUUGAAGCCAAGAAUUUGUUUGCAUCCAAAGAGGCUGAAGAAGAAAUUAAAAGGGAAUCUGCUAAGACUUUUGUACCUGGUGAGACCCCUAGCACCCAGGAACCUGCAAAGGAGGAACAGGCACCUAAACCAGUUGCUCCUACCCCAGAGCAAAUUUUAGCUAUAAAGGCAGCCAUUGUGAAUUCACAAACCCUUGAGGAGGUGGCGAGGCUUGAACAGGCACUCAAGUCAGGCCAGCUUCCAGCUGAUCUUAAUAUUAGUGAUGGUGACAGUUUGCCUAAAAGUGGAAGUGCUCGACAGGAUAGUAUGGUUACGGAUGAAAAAGAAGCAGAUGACGAACCUAAGGAUAAUGUAUCUGAACAAAAAGGAGAUGAGCCUGCAGAAAUGGAUGAGGAAUAG